AUGGCUAAACGACAAAAGGACUUGGGAGAUUGGAAAAUCGUCCUUGAAGAUCCGGAAGAUGAAUCAACUAAUAGCCCAGCUACUCCAUCGCGUCGAUCGCGUCGAAGAGCUCAAUCUGCGGAACCAAACGAUGUGAAGCUUCAACGUGAGGAAGAUGGUCUACAGAUCCAAACAGGCGAUUGUCUUUUGAUCUCAGAGAAGCAAACGUCAAUUUACAUUAUCACAAGCAUUCUGCUUGGCCUUAAAUCAUGCGUGGAGCUUCUGGGGGCCAGGUUUGUCACUCCAGAGCAGAUAACUCAGGAAACUCUACAAAGUGUUGAUAUACAGAAGAAUGAACUCUUUGUCACACCUGAAAUUGCUUCUCUCAAGGUGAAGGAUAUUGUCCAGAAGGUCCAAGUGCUUAACUCUUCAGAUUUUAAUGAGAUCGUUCUCGAUGAUUCAUCAGCUUCUCUGCUUUACUUGUGUCGAAAGGCUAGUAACGCCCAGGGUGAGAAACUUUCUGAAGAAUUUGACUUUAACGAGUUCCGCAAGCUUGUCGUUAAGGACCUGAUGGAAGCAAUCAGGUUUAUUUCAGAGAAUACGCUGAUCAUUAUCUCGCCAAAGAAGCGUAAACUCAAGACAUCAUCACUUACUGAGAGACUUGAAAGAUCUGACUCUCCAAGGAGAAGAACAUAUACCCAGUCAUCUUCAGAUGACUCUGACUCUGAAGAUUUCGUUAAGCAAGAAAGUGAGGAUGACGAUUCGGAAGAUUUGCUGGAUGAAGAAGAACCUGCAAAAGAACUUCAGGUUGAACAAACAAGUCCUACGAAGGGACGCAAAAGAUCUGCAACUCCAAAGAAAGAUCCAUCUACAACCCCAAGGAAAAAGGUCCAGUCGUCUCGUGAAAACGAACGCUCAACGCUUCAGAACAUUCUCUCCCCACUUAAGAAAGGUUUUAAGGUUAAAACAGGUACCUCUGCUGCCAGCCUUCCCUCGCUCAACAGAGCUCCUUUGAAAAGCUCUGGAAUGGUUGUGGACACUUCAUCAGAGGCAUUCAAAGAGCUUAAGGAAAAGCUUCACACUUCAGCGACCAUCACAUCCCUUCCUUGUCGAGAAGACGAAUGGGUUGCAGUGUACACUAAUGUUGAAAACGCCAUCCAAACGCAAACAGGCAGUUGUAUCUACGUGAGUGGAACUCCAGGAGUCGGUAAGACUGCUACAAUCAAGGAAGUAAUGGGUUCGCUUCGAUCUUCUGCUGACGAAGCUUCUAUCCCCGAAUCUGCUUAUGAGAAGCUCUGGGAGUUUGUUAGUGGUAUUAAGGUCACUCCUGCCAAUGCUGCAUUAUUACUAGACGACCAUUUUGGCAAGAAUGAUCCCGACGAGACAAGAAAGCCUCUUGUUGUCCUUUUAGAUGAACUUGAUCAAAUCGUCACAAAGACUCAAUCGGUGAUGUACAACUUCUUCAAUUGGCCUACAUACCCAAACUCCAAGCUUAUCAUUAUUGCUGUUGCCAACACCAUGGACUUGCCUGAGAGAAUGCUCACCAACAAGAUCUCUUCCAGAUUGGGUCUUAGAAGAAUUCAAUUUGUGGGUUACACUUUCCAGCAAUUGGGUGAGAUCAUUGCUAAUAGACUUACCAUGCUCAGUAAGGAACACCGCAGGAAGGUGGAUAUCAGUAAUGAUGCUGUGGGAUACGCAUCCAGAAAAGUCGCCAGUGUAAGUGGUGACGCUAGAAGAGCAUUGACCAUUUGUCGGAGAGCAGUUGAAAUUGCAGAACAGGAAUUCUUGGACACAGAAACUGAUCUAGAGAAGCCCGAAUCGGAACAAACGUUCACAAUCAAAAUCAGCCAUAUCUCCAAAGCCAUCAACGAGUCUGUCAACUCACCCAUCGCUCAACUUCUCGGUCUGCUUUCAUUCGAAUCGAAGCUCAUACUUGUAGGUAUUCUCCUACGUAUGAGAAGAUCUGGCCUAGCUGAGAACACGCUUGGUGACGUAAUCGACGAGAUGAAGAACUCCCUCGAGUUGCUUACUUCCAAGGACGGUUCCAAUGCGUUUAAAAAGCUCGAAUCACACGAAUCGUUUGCUGAUUUCUGCUACGGUUUCCCUAGAAACAUCCGUAUCUACGAUAUGGCACGCCUAGUGAACCAAAUGGAGGAGCUUGGAAUCAUCGCACAACAAAACCUUCGAAGCGAGCGGUACAGGCUCAUACAAUUGAACAUCUCCGAGGACGAAGUUCUUGCUUCCCUUAGAAGAGACCAAUUAAUAUUGCCCAUGCUUUAA